AUAUUCCAAUCCUUAAGGUCUUUUUUAACCGACUCAUUCCACGUCAGUUUAGGUCUACCUCUAUCCCUCUUUACAUUAUCGACCCGCUCAAGAACCCCAUUACGCACCGGCGCCUCAGGAGGUCUUCGUUGUCAACCAGUCCGCCCGCGCUCUCCUGCGACUGCAGGUGCAACUGUGCAAGUGCAAGUGCAACCGGAGGCGGCGUAAGUGUAUCUUGUCCCGAGGCCGUCAGGAACUCAGGACGGGGAAAAGGUCUCUCCGGCGGUUGGGUUUAGCCGGCAGCAGCGGUGCGGGCGCAUCGUCUGUGCGGUGCGCCGGUUGCCCGGUGCUUCCGCUUGGAACUCCAAGCUGUAACAGUGAAGGCUCGGCGAAGUUUUAUCGUAGUACUGUGUAUGAAUUAUGAUAUUGCAUUGCUCUGAUGCCUUAGUUUUAAAGCCAAUUCAUUAGAUAGUAUCAGCGUUAUUGGGCCCCUUUGGGAGGGCUCUGGACGGCGGCUCCGGCUCCGUGCUACAGUGCUGCGGCACUGUGCGGCACUGUGCGGCACUGUAGCACGGAGCCGAAACGCGCCGGCUUUGCCUGAGGAACGGGUGAAGCUGCUGAAGCCAGGUUUCACUGGCUCUUCCGGCUUCGCGCUACAGUGAUGAACAGUGAUCUACAGUGUGAAGCCGGAGCCGGGGAGAGCCCUCCCAGACUGAGGGCGUCUUUGGCAGGGCUUCACGGCCGGCUCCAAACCCAGCUCUAGCCGGAGCCCUGCCAAAGGGUUGAAAAUGUUGGUGCUUCAAGUAUGAAGCUGCAGCUGGAGCUGCAAACGGCUUUCAUACGAGCGACGGAGCCAGUGAAACAAGGCUUCUCGCGACUUCAUUCGAGGCCCACGUCCACACCCUCCACGUGCCCAUCAACUUCCAAUUAUUUACAGCGAUUUUGCCACUCCCCCUUUUCCCGUCUCAGGAGCCCAAGCGGAUGGCCGGCGUGGGCCGUGGCAAGCGGCGGGGGCCGGUUCUACGGCAGCAGCCUCCCGCGGCUGCGCUUCUUCCCGGGCGACCGCGUCGACCCGCUGCCGUCCGUCACCGAGCCGCUCCUCGCCUGGGCGCAGGAGGCGCACUGGUCCAUGGGCGGCCUCGGCGUCAAGCGCCUCCGCCUCCAGGGCCGCAUCGAGGGGUCGCCGCGUCGCUCGCCGCGCUCGGACGACGGAGCCAGCGACGGUGACUCCGACGAGGAGGAGGCCGUGGUGCAAGAGCGGAUCCUGAAGCGGGAGGUCGUCGACGACGACGAGGACUCCGACAGGUCCGACCAGUCGGAGGAGGAGGAGGACGACGAGUCCCUCGCCACCAUCGCCACCGCGUCCAAGAGGAAGCGCGCGAGGAAGCUCAGCGACGAGUUCGACCGCAUCGCCGCGCAGCAGGAGCUGGAGAAGAAGCAGAAGGCGGCGGCCGGAGCUCGAGCGGCGGCGGGCGCGGUCGGUGGCGGUGGGCGGCGGCCGGCCCUGCGGGAGCCAUCGGAUGCGGGUGUGGCAGGUGGCGGCGGCUGGCCCCGCGGGAGCCCAAGCAGCGGCAGGUGUGGGCGCGGUGGGAGUAGAGAGCGGCGGUGGUUGGAGCAAGGGAGCAAGGAGAUGGCGGGCGGGGCCGGCUGCGAGCUGCGCAGGAGGGCGGGCGACAGCCGGUGGCAGAAGCUUCUCCGCGCGAUGGGGAUGGAUGAGGCAGACGGUAGUGGAUAAGGAGAGAGAGAAUGGAAAGAAAAGGAAAAAAGAAAUAGAAAGAAAGGAAAUAAAUAAGAAGAGUGGAAAAUUAAAAAAGAAGGGUAUUGUGGUCAUUUUACACUUUCAUUGUAUUUUAACAUCUACAUGAAGCUGUUGUGCCAAACGUUUCUCUAAAACGGCUUCAGCUCCACGAGAGAAGCUGCUCCAUCUAAAGAGCCAGAGCCGGAGCUGUUUUUGAAGGAGCCGGAGCCCUGCCAAACACACCCUGAAACAAGCCCACUAUAUGUUUUUUUGUAAUCAAAUGUUACUCCACGUGAAUACACGUGCUGUCCAUGAGCACUCAAAGGUCCAAUGUCUGUAAGCUGUACCAGUUUGGCAAGAGAUUUUCUUUUUCAAGGCAUUUUGCAAGAGGAAAGAACGAGAAGCAAA